AAGAAAAAGAGAAAAGAAAGAAACUUCAUUAGAGUUUUAUCUUUCUGUUGGUGUAUCAGAAUUUUUAUCAAUAUCAAAGUUCAUUUUAGUUUCUCUAGCCCUGUUUGACUUGAAACUCACACGAUUUGAUAGACAACAGUUAUGUAGUCGUUAGCUUUCAGCACUCUUCAACUGUCUUUCUUCACCACUUCUCUUUCUCUGUCUUUUUACUGGUUUAUCUGUCUAUCUCUCUGUUUCAGUGAUAAGUUACUCCAGUUUACCUGUCGUAGAUGGCUUUUAAUGCAUUAGGUGAGAAAGUACGUAACAGUUAUACACACAUUUAGUUAGUGAAAAGUUGUUAUUAAAAAAAAGAUCACCUGUUGAAGUAUUGUUGUUUAUCUGUUUUUGUAUCAAUCCAGUGUAAAUGUUUCUUCAAUCGGGGCAUGCGUCAAGAAAACUCUGGUAACAUUUCUGGUAAAUUAACAGCUAAUCGGGUACAAGCUGAUUGAGCGUACUUUUGCAGUUACUUCAAUCAUGUGUUGAGAAAGUCUCUUGUGUUUCUUCGUAUCACUGUAAUAUUUUACGCAUUUUUAUACCCAAUUUCACCUUUAAAACCAUUUACAUAUUUUAAUCUUACAUUGGACUUUAUUCACAAUUAAAAAUUUUAUUUUCUGAUUUAUGUUUCCCAUUAAUUUAAUGAUUCAUGUCAAAUAAUUCACCAGCAACUAAUGAUAGCAACUAUCAUGUUUGUCGUAUCUGCUCUGACAGAGCCAUCGGAUACAACUUUAGUGUCCUCACAUGUGAACCCUGUAAAGCUUUCUUUAGGCGAACUGCUGAUAAAUUAGAAGAGUUACAAUGUCCAUUUAAUAAUGAUUGUGAUAUUGACCGAGUUACUAGAAAAAUUUGUCGCAAGUGUCGUUUGGUUAAAUGUCUAAAAGUUGGUAUGCGGAAAGAUUGGGUUCAAAAUGAGGAUGAAAAAAAGCCUCGAUCGUCUGACUGUAAUCGAAGUCACCCUUUACCCAGUCUAACCAAAGAUGUUUCCUUUUUUGCUAGACGCAAUCCCAUUGGAAUAAAUCGGAGAAGUUACAAUGCCGAUGAUCAAAUGAGACAAAUCAAUCCAUUUAAUUCGCCUAGAACGGUUCCAGAUUUUGAAUCCCUUUCUUCAUCUGGUAUGUCAUCAAUACCAAGCUGUUCAUCUCAAAAUCGGAUUUCCCCAAUGAAUCAAUUUUCCAUGCCUUCAUUGUCUUCUUUACUAUCAUCUUCAUCAUCGUCAUCGGCAUCAUCAUCAUUUUCUGAUCUUCGACAACCUUCCUGUCUUAUGUCAACAUCAUCGAAUCUAUCAUCAAACUCAUCAUCUGAUCUGACGAAUAGACUGCCAUGCUCAAGACAACCCAGGCAACCCGCACGUUAUGCCAAUGAUCCAGACUGGUUGAUUAAAUUUUUGGUCGAGAGUCAUGCUCUUAAUUCGCGGUUAACUUCACCUGAUUCUACAAUUAACAGAGCUCAUCUCGAUGAGACAAGAUCCAGUCAAACGUGCAACCAAAGUUUACCAUCUGAUUCUAAUCCUUGUGCUAGAGUUGGUGUUAUAGUGGAUGGUCGUAAACUAGUCUCUUGUCCACCUGUUAAAACCUGUGAGAUUAAAGCUCCACCAAUAGUGACUCGUGAAACCCAAUGUAUCAAUCAACAAGAUAGCAACUUGAAAAUUCGAGUCAUUAGAAAAAUUUUGGAUGCCAAUUUCGCUCCAAGCCAUUUGAAGCAAGGUUCUCGGGAAGGUGUCGGUCUAAACCAACUUGAAAUUACGACCAUUGAUUGUGUAUUUCAUGCUUUCAACUUCUUCAAUCAACCUUCAUCAAGUUCACGAAGUGAACUGGCCUCAGUCGAAGGGGUUACCCGAUUCACCGAUCUUUAUUUGGAAAAGUUAAUUUCAGGAUGCAGAAGUUUACCAUCUUAUUCUGAAUUGUGCCUGCAAGACCAAAUUACCCUGGUCAGAGCUGGUUUCCCAAAUAUUUUAGCCGUCAAGAGUUACCUUUCUUCCGACCUGAGUGCUAACUGUUGGCAAGCAACUAAUCAGCGCCAGAUGAGAUUGGAAGGAUCUUCAUUUCAAAAUGAUGUUGAUCAAUCACUGGUUGCCCAUUUAACGAAUGAUCCCAAAGUGGUCUGCAUAUUAAUUACUAUUGUUUUAUACAAUCCGGAUAUUCCUCAUUUACAAGCAGUUGAUGCCAUCAAGCUUGAACAAUAUACAUAUAUUUAUCUAUUGAGAAGAUAUCUGGAAUCUCAAUGUGGCUCAUCUUGUCGAGCUCGAACAGAACAUUUCAAUUUAAUCCAUACAAUUGAAAAAGUGAUGACUAUGCGACAACAGUCGAUAUCAAGCGCUCAAAUUAAUUGUCACAAAUGAUUAUUCAACUCUGGUUCUUCUAUUUCUAUUCAAAUGGAAAUAGAUUGGUUCAGUUGAAGUGAAAGAAUUAAAGAAUAAAAAAUAAACGAACAAGUGUCGUUUGCUUUAAAUUAACCACCAAAUUUAGUCACUCAAAUCAACUUGGCAAAGCUUUCGUUUGCAUUGACUGUUAUCUACCUGGGUAAUACUAUUAAUCAUACCCCUAAUUAACCUUAUAAUUGCUGCUUAAUCAGAGACACUGGAUCUAAAGAAUUUUCUUAUCGAUUUGUCAUGUUAUCGAUAGCUACAAAAUCUGUUUACAGCACUAAAAUUUCCCAUUCUAAAGUUAUCAUUGAAUAUCUUUUUGUAUUUUAUCAUGCAAUUCCUAAACAGAGAGGAGAGAAGAAGAGACGUACAGACAGAGAGGAAAAAUAAUGUAAUGCAUAAGUUGUGUAUAAAUGUAAAUUACUCACUGAGCUACAUUAUUAUAAUCAUUAACUUGAAUCGUUUUCAUGAUUUAAUAAAGGUUUAUACCUUGAACAUUCAUCUAUCAAUAAAACAUUUGAUACCUAUUAGUAA